AACACUCCCAUAUCCUAUAGGAGCUCACUCUGUCAAGCUUCCUCUUUGCUUCCGAAGAACCCAAGCAGGUAUGGCUGCCAAGGCGACCCUCGUCUGCUUCAUGGUUGUGGCUCUCGCGACGGCGCUCCUGGCGGCGCCGAGCAUGGUGGAGGCGGCGACGUGCAGCCCGACGCAGCUGACCCCGUGCGCGCCGGCGAUCAUCGGGAACGCGGCGCCGAGCGCCGCGUGCUGCGGGAAGCUGAAGGCGCACCCGGCGAGCUGCCUGUGCAAGUACAAGAAGGACCCCAACCUGCAGCGCUACGUCAACUCCCCCAACGGCAAGAAGGUCUUCGCAGCGUGCAAGCUGCGCCUGCCAAGGUGCUGAGCGGUCGACCCGUGAGCUCCGUCCAUCCAUGAUCCAUCUCCCUCGCGUUUUGCACGUACGCUACGUGUGGUGUGGGUGUGUGGCAUGGCAUGGCUUUGUGAUGUCACUUGAGGACGUAUGAGGUAAUAAUAAAUCGUACGAGAGUGCUAUAUUACAUAUAAAGAGAGAGAAUUAUACGGUGAGUGGAAAUAAAUCACGCUGAUCGAUCGAUCGGUCGUGUACUAUGUGUGGUAUGGAGGGAGUUGCCUGGACUUAUGUUAUGCCAAUGUGACGAUCAUGUACUCUGUGUGGCACCAUAUGAUUGUUCCAGCAAUAAAUAUCUUGUUCUGAUGUCUUCAAACUUUAGCCG